ACCAUUGCUCCAUAAUUUCCAUUAAAUUUCUCAUCCUAGUACUAUUUAAUCCCUCCUUUCCGGCUCUUCUCCUCGGGCCUGUACAGAAAUGACGAGCGAAGUCGCGAGCCGGCUGGAGCCAUGGCACGAGCUGAGGGGCAAAGUGGUGAUGGUAACCGGCGCGUCGUCCGGACUUGGGAAAGAUUUCUGUCUGGACUUGGCUAAAGCCGGUUGCAAAAUCAUUGCGGCCGCUCGCAGAAUCGACCGGCUUGAGACCCUCUGUGAUGAGAUCAACCGAAUGAGUUUCAAUUCCGACGAGUCGGGAACGAGUGAACUCAGGGCCGUGCCCAUUGAGCUCGACGUUAGUUCUAAUGGGCCGGCCAUUGAAGCCGUCGUUCAGAAAGCUUGGGACGCGUUUGGACGCAUCGAUGCUCUCGUGAACAAUGCCGGUGUCAGAGGCCGUCUGCAUACUCCAUUGGACUUGUCAGAGGAAGAAUGGAAUAAUAUCAUUAAAACAAAUCUGACUGGAACAUGGUUGGUGUCAAAGUAUGUCUGCAUACGCAUGCGUGAUGCUAAGCAAGGGGGAUGCGUCAUCAAUAUAUCCUCCAUUUCUGGUCUCAAUCGUGGACAGUUGCCUGGAGGUCUAGCAUAUGCUUCAGCAAAGGUUGCCAUUAACACAAUGACAAAGGUUAUGGCAAUGGAGUUGGGGGAGCACAAAAUAAGAGUGAACUCAAUCUCACCUGGACUUUUCAAAUCUGAGAUAACUGAGGGGCUCAUGCAAAAAGACUGGUUGAAGAACGUUGCUCUUAAAACUGUCCCUUUAAGAACAUAUGGCACCGCAGAUCCAGCAUUGACAUCAGUUAUUCGAUAUUUAAUCCAUGACUCUUCUGAGUACGUAUCAGGCAAUAAUUUUAUUGUAGAUGCUGGAACAACCUUACCUGGUCUUCCAAUUUUCUCCUCUCUGUGAAUGUCUCUCUAUCUACUUGAAAUCAGUUACCUGUAGCAUGGAACUUUAUUUUGUUGAAGAAAUUGGUUUUCAAAAAAAAAAAGGGUUUGAUUGGUUUUAGUUUCCCAGUUUUUACUUUUAAAAGAUUCUGAGGGCAGGAAACUCUGCAUAUCUUUUCCCUAGAA